CACCAACCAGCACGGCCUAGGCUGCCAGCACUAAUCGUCUAUCUCCAGAUUCCUGCGCCUCCUCCGCCUCUCCAUCAACAACAACUCCACCACUCCCCAAAAGUGGCCAGAUAACGAUGAAGUUCUCACUCAGCCUGAUCACACUGCUCUUGAGCUCCCUUGUUGCCUCGGAAGGCUUAUCGUUCUCUUUCGGUGGACAAAAACCCCUCGGUGACGGGAAGCCUGUUCCCGGCGACAACCCGCUUUCAUACUGCAAAGCAGAGCAUGGUGAUGAUAUUCUGGUUCUCGAUCACGUCAACUUGACCCCAAACCCUCCGCAAGCUGGUAAGACGCUCACCAUCGAGGCGGUUGGGACGUUGCUGGAAGAUAUCGAGGAGGAGGCCAAGGUCAUCUUACAAGUCAAAUAUGGAUUGAUCAGACUCGUCAACACUGAAGCAGAUCUCUGCCAACAAGUCUCCAAUGUUGAUUUAGAGUGCCCAAUCAAGAAGGGAAAGGUUACGAUCACAAAGGACGUCGAGCUGCCAAAGGAGAUUCCUCCUGGAACCUACACCGUCUUUGCUGAUGCCUACACUAAAGAUAAGAGGAAGAUCGUCUGCUUGGAAGCAACCGUGACAUUCGGAGGCAGCUCGAGGCUUGAUUUGUAGAAGGGCCUUGGGAUAUUGUCCAGGACAUGCGGGUCCGUAUGGGGGACAUCAUUGUGCGAUGAUUCCUUUCCUUGCAUUACUGGCUAUGUUGCAGGUGUCUUUGGCAACGGAGUCUCUUUCCUAAGGAUAUGCUUUGUAACUAUGGUGUGGUUCUAUCAUCUGAAUGCAUUGGACUUCUAAAUCAUAUCACUAUAGUAUGACCAAUAAGGCUCGUAUCAGAAGAUUCAAUGCUGGGCGGGCAAUUUUGAACUCCUGAUACAACUUCUACCAUGGUUCAUUUACGAGGGACUGGAGCAUUAUCUCCCAUUUCACGAACAUAAUUUGAUCCUUUGAGCGGCGGCUUUGCGAGAGGUUUGAAUCCGAGUUUAAAAAGUUGUAUUGCUGCCAAACGCC